UAUGCUCCAUCAGAUGUUGACAUAGUUGAAUUUUUGGAUGAAAUAAAUGUAUCUUUUAAUCAUAUUUGUAGUAGGUACCCUGGGCUUCCGUGGGUGGUAGGAGGAGAUUUUAAUGCUAGACUAGCCAAUUUAAACCAAUUGAAGUCGGAUAUUUUGAAUCUUAAUAGUAUUUUUACAGCGGAAAGAAUAUCCAGAGACAAGACCACUAAUUCUAGAGGUCGAACUUUGGUCGAAUUUAUGGAUAGUUCUAAUUUUGUAUUGUUAAAUGGACGAUCUCCGAGUGAUACUCCUGCUAAUUUUUCUUUCACGGGAGCUCAGGGCCAUAGUGUGUUUGAUAAAGUCUGGUGUUCGUGUGAUGAUGGUUUGUCUUUGUUUUGUGACCUUCAAGUUUUGCAGCUCCCCACUCUCUCCGAUCAUCUUCCGGUCACGGUGUUGUUUGCGGAUCACUAUUCUGGGGUAUAUCAAUCGGAUGGGGACGAUGGUUUACGUUUUCAUAUUUUCAGGGCGGAAGCUUUCACCCGCGCAAUGGAAUGGAGUGGGGAGGUGUCGCACUUGAAUGGAGAUGUUGUAAACUUGAAUUCAACACUUACUUCGACCAUAAAGAAUGUUGCAAAAAAUUUAGGAAUGACGCGCCCUCCCAGACAUGGUAGAUUGAUAAGCAAUAAUAAGCCAUGGUUCGAUCGGGAGUGCAGGGAUGCAAAACGACGUGUUUUUUUGAAGUUAAAAAGAGCAAAAGCAAAUAACUUAAGUAAAGAAUCUAAAUUAAAUUUUUUGAAAGAAAAGAGAAAUUACCGCUCUAUUUUGAAAAGUAAAAAACGUACAUAUAGAGAUUUGCGCAUUAAUAAAGUUGCUAAUUGCAGAAAUUCGUCAGAGUUUUGGAAAAUAGUUAAUUCGUCAAGGGGUGGUCGAUGUAAGCAGGGGGCGCAAGUUGGUGUUGCAACAUGGACGGAAUAUCUGCAUUCCUGCUAUCCUGUGACGCCGAUGGUUAAUGUUAUGCCUGAACUCAGAGGAGGACCUUUUAAUUUGCUUUUAGAUUCAGAAAUUACGUUUGAGGAGGUAAUGAAAUGUAUAGCACACAGUAAAAAAGGAAAGCAAAAAAGUUCAGAGGUCUCUAAAUCAAUUAGUAGCGCGAGGAUGGUGGUUGGGGGAAUCCUGAAAUCUAUUCUCUCAUUGGGUAUGGACUCUUGGAACGCAUACACUAAACUUUUUCAAAGCUUAGCGGUAAGCGGAUUGUUUUAUGGGGUCCAGGUGUGGGGAAUCCGACAUUUGGACCAGUUGGAAAAAGUUCAAUUGAUAUUUUACAAAAAACUCUUACUUUUACCGUUAAACACGCCCGAUUAUGCUGUUAGAGUAGAAACGGGGGCUGUUCAUUUGGGUUAUGGGGUACUUUCUUUAAUAUUGAGCUGGAUUCAAAAAAUUUCAAGAAUGGAGUCUUCCAGAUAUCCUAGAAAAUGUUUUGAAAGACUCAGGGCUUUAUCAUUGAAUAAUAUUUUUUGUGAUUUUAACUGGUUUACGCAACUGAGGGUUUUCUUUGAAGAUAAUGAUUUAAAUAAUAUAUGGUCGGAUCUCUCCCUGGAUAACAUUGAGACAUCCAGGGGUGCAAUCUUAGAGAGAUACGGUAGACGCCUGAGAUCCUUGGACGAGUCACGAUGCGCGGCAUCGAGUUCCCUCUGCAUUUACCCCUGCCUUCCUAUUCACCCAAACACGCAACCGUAUUAAUUGUUAAAAUUUUGAAUGAACGUAUUAUACACGAAAUGUAAAUAAAAUAUAAAUGUUUUGCUGAGGUGUGAAUACUAAUAUUAUCAUUAUGUAAUGAGACUUCGCUCGUAUAAG